ACCUCUUUUCUUAUUUUUAACGUUCACUCUCUCCGUGUAAUCUCAAGAAGAAGGAAUUGAAGAAGAAGAAGAGAAAUCCAUAAAAUAUUCUGACAAAACACACACACAAAACAUGUCUUUGGGUUAUGCAGAGAAGCUCUCUUAUAGAGAAGAUGUGGGCGCCGUUGGAAUGUCUGAGAUUUUCGACCCACCCCACGUAUUGCAACAGAAAAUUACACAGCUUGCAGCGAUGAUAAAGCAGAGUAAGCAUCUAGUGGCAUUUACAGGUGCAGGAAUAUCAACUUCAUGUGGUAUUCCUGAUUUUAGAGGUCCCAAAGGAGUUUGGACACUUCAGCGUGAAGGCAAAGGUGUGCCUGAUGCAUCACUCCCAUUUCAUCGUGCUAUGCCAAGUAUUACUCAUAUGGCUUUGGUUGAACUAGAGAAGGCUGGCAUCUUAAAGUUUGUUAUUAGCCAGAAUGUGGAUAGCCUCCAUCUUCGAUCUGGAAUACCAAGGGAGAAACUUGCAGAGUUGCACGGGAAUUCUUUUAGAGAAAUUUGCCCAUCCUGUGGAGCAGAGUAUUUGCGGGAUUUUGAGAUAGAAACUAUUGGCAAGAAAAGGACACCACGGCGUUGUUCUGAUGUUAAAUGUGGGGUGAGACUCAAUGACACCGUUCUUGAUUGGGAGGAUGCUUUGCCAACAUCAGAGAUGAGUCCUGCGGAGCAACACUGUCGGAUGGCAGAUGUUGUACUAUGCUUGGGAACCAGUCUGCAGAUAAUUCCAGCUUGCAACCUUCCUUUAAAAACACUUCGUGGUGGGGGUAAGAUCAUAAUUGUAAACCUUCAGCCAACCCCAAAGGACAAGAAAGCAAGUUUGGUUAUCCAUGGUCUCGUUGAUAAGGUAAUUGCUGGAGUUAUUCAUGACCUUAAUCUUUCGAUUCCACCAUACGUUCAAGUUGAUCUUUUCCAGAUUAGUCUUACUCAGUUCUCUAGACUAUCAAUAUCAGAGAACAAGUAUGUAAAAUGGGCUCUCAGAGUUGAUAGUGUUUUUGGACCCAAAGCUCCUUUGCCAUUCAUCAAAUCAGUUGAGGUUUCUUUCUCAGACAGGCGAGAUCUCAAAUCAGCUGUUUUACAUAAGCAACCCUUUGUGCUUAAAAGGGAAAUGCUUAGAACAAGACCAUUUACAUUGGUCCUUAAGCUCAAUUUUAGUGAUGGUUGUGGUUGUCAGUGCACCAGUUUGGAGUUACCGGUCAGUUUGCAGGAACAAGGAGAUAGCAUCAGCCAUGAUAAGGAUGCUGUGGUCGAGAUGUUAAGGAAUUCGGCGAUCCAAAAUGAGUGCUUAGGGCAGGUUUCUCUUGUUGAGAGAGAGAUUCUUCUAUCUCCAAAAAAGGAAAUUGCUGUGUGUGCUGUUGCAACAAACAUAGUCUGGUAUGACAGUUAUUUUGAGAACUCUGCAUUCUUUGAAGAAACACCAAAGAACAACGAACAUUUACUGAGAAUGCCAAAUGACAGCCUGAGGUAUAGCGAAAUGCCUACAAAAAAACUGAAAUGUUAUUAGCUUCACAAGUAUGCUAUUUGAUGGAUAUAUAUAUUUAGGAAGAUGAUGUGCUAGCAGGACUGGAAUGAGGGUCGACUGGAUUGCAUAGAUGAUGUUCCUUUAGAUGUUGAUGGUGCUUAUACUAUUAUCUAUCAAUGCAAAAUUUUGCAUGCUUGCACCUGCUCUUCUUACCGUGAAUAUGGAUUGAUGGGGAAGUGACUGUUUUGACCCCAUGUUUGUAAAUGUUAGACCCUAACCAGUUUAGUGAA